AUGGGCCUGUGUGUCUCAUACGACGCUGCGCCCGACGGCCCGGCGACAGCCAGGGUGGUUCUCCCCAGCGGCGAGCUCCGGGAGUACUCGCCGCCCGCAACGGCGGCGCUCGCGUUGGAGGAGGUCGGCGAGAAGGGGUGGUUCCUGUGCGACGCCGACAGGAUGGGGUUCGAGGGCUCCGUCGCGGCGGUGGCCGGCGGCGAGGAACUCCAGCCGGGGCAGAUCUACUUCGUGCUCCCGAGCGAGAUGCUGCGCCGCCGCCUCGCCCCCGAGGAGGUGGCCUCGCUCGCCGUCAAGGCCAGCGCCGCCCUCGUCAGGGCCUCCACCGUGUCGUCAGCCGGCGGCCGGCGCCGGCGGGGCUCCGUGGCGCCGCUCGUGUUCGCGCCGUCCGACGAGGACUACUCGGCCGAGGAUGCCUUCACCUUGGCGACGUUCGCUGCGAAGCCGACGGUGGCGCAGAAGCGGAGGGUGGCGUACCGAGGCGGCAGGUCGCCGCCGAGGUUCUCGCCCGACUUAACCGCCAUCUCCGAGAGCGAGUAG